UAUUUUAUAGGCGCGCUAUGUUGGAUCAUGAUGCAUGAUGCAGGUUGAAGUGUGCAAAGUGAUUCCCUCCUGCUUUGAAGCUGAAACUAAUGACGGCCCAGUCUCAGUUCUUGCCAAUGGAUCCUCCUUUCUGUUUUUCAUCAUAUCUGAGAAAGUGGUCUCAGUGAAGUUUUACGACACUGCUGCUGUGCUUCAUGUGAGCCCCCUACUUUGUUCAGGGUCCCAGCAGCCGCUAGCACUCUGCUGCCUCAGCAAUGGGCACAUUUCUGCCCUUUCCAUAAAACUUGCGAUUUCCAGGGUUCCAACAGAGGCUCAAAGUGCUGAUAUUCUCUCGUCCCUGUUUGGAGAGACUUGUGACAACAUAUCAGCUCCAGCACAAGCUGUUGAUGGGCGCGAUGUCUCAGUUAGUUUAUUCCUUUUCCCUGUUUGUCAGUGGAGCAUCUGUUCUGCCUUUGUCUGUAAUGACAAGCUCAUUGUCUCUGCAAGGAAGGAGCAUUGCUCUGUUCUCAAUGUCUAUCAGUCUUCUUCCGUUACCCUGUUUGGUGAACAUAAGCUUCCAGUGUUUUCCAAUGGCGUACUCUUUCGACAUGAGAUAGGGUCUUGCAGUGUGCCUUCUAAGGGACUCUUAUCUACAACUAUAGCCUACAGGCCUGUUUUAUCUCUUCUCCGCUCCCAGUCUUCUGUGAAGAGUGACAGUUCAACAUUGAGUAUUGCCUCGUCUGCCUCGGACGUUUUCUUCCGUCAGCUUUUUGGUUUCGAGUUGUCUCUAGCUCGGUCAAUUGUCGCCGUCGUUGGGACCCAAAGUGGUGCAGUUUUAUUUCUCGACACACGUGGUUAUUGCACCCCUUCUUCUGCUGAAUCAGGUGCCUCUUUAUCCAAUAAUACCUUGUGUAACCUGGGCCAACCUGUAGUUGCCAUUCACCCCCUGUGUUUGCCUACGCAUCCUGAACAUCAGCAAAGUGAAGACUCAUCAGCCAAUUCCUUGCUUGUUGUCGGGAGGUUAGGGAAGUUGGUGCUUUUGACUGAGGCAGAGAAAGGGAGAGAGGCUCCUUUGGUGGCCGAGUUCAGUGUUACCGGACCAAUCCUCUCCUCUUUCCUUGUGGAACGGCAUAGCUUUGUCUACAGUAACACGAGUGGAAUAUACCGCAUUUGCCUCGAGCCUUCUUGCCUUUUAAAGUCAGUGGAUUUAGAUGCCAGUUCUACUACUUCUGUUGUGGUCCCUAGGUCACAGUUCAAUUCUCCAUGUCCUGUUUCUGCAACAUGUAUGUCAUUUAUC